AUGGACAACUCGGGAGAACAGCAUCAACAGGAGCAGGAGCAGGAACUCUUCCUGUACGAUGGACCCAUCGACCCCGAGACCGAAGCAGCCAUCCAGGCCCUGAACGAUGUUGGCGCCAAGGCAUUCGCACUUCAGGACUAUGAGCUUGCCGUCGAAAAGUUUGGACUUGCUUCCGAGAUGCUUGGACAGGUGUAUGGAGAGACAAACACAAAAUGCGCGGACACGCUGUUCAUGUACGGCAAGGCCUUGCUCGAAUACGCUAUCCAGCAGAGCUCCGUCCUCGGCGGCGUGACCGAGAAAAAGUCAAACAAGGAACUGGAGGCUGUUGUUGCCGCCGCUGGCGGUGGUAUCAGCGGGUCAACCUCCUCGUCAUCAGCACCCAGCAACCCCAGAUUCGUGUUCGAAGGCGAUGAUGACGACGACGAGGACGAGGAGGAGGGUGAGGACGGUCAGGAGGGCGGUGAAGGCGGCGCAGAAGGAGAGGAAGAGGCCGACGAUUUCGCAGUGGCCUGGGAUGUCCUCGACCUGGCCCGUGUGCUUUUCCACCGCAUGGGCACCGAAGAAGCCCUCCUCAAGCUAGGCGAUGUCCACAUUGCCCUAGGAGAUGUCUCGCUUGAGUCAGAGAACUUUGAACAAGCCGUCAAUGAUUACAGAGAGGCGAUUACGAUUAAGGAGGCUCGUCUUGAAGCUGAUGAUCGUCAGUUGGCUGAGGCCCAUUAUAAGCUGGCUUUGGCGUUGGAAUAUUCUCCUACUGAAUCGGAAUUGACUCAGGAGCACAUCCAUAAGGCGUCGAAUGUGUUGAAGGAUAGGAUCCAGAAAUUGAACGGACUCUUGGCGUCAGGCAAGGGCAAGGCUCGUGCGGUCGAUGCCUCGGAGAACGAGACCAAGAUGGCUGCCGAGUUGGUCGAGUUGCACGAACUUGUUGGCGAAAUGGAGCAGAAGACCCAGGAUUUGAUCGCAAGCAUGAACAAGAAGCCCGCCGAGGGUCAGACACAGCUGGCCAUGCUGAACGAGGCCAUAGUCCAACAAAAGGCACAGACAGCCAUUGAUAUCUCCAGCCUGAUCAAGCCCAAGUCAACCAAGCCCGCUGCAGGAUCUUCUUCUGCAUCAUCACCAGCACCAGCACCAGCAUCCACAACAGAGGAUGUCAAGACGGAACAGACCGCAGCAGGAGCAUCAGCAGCAACAGAGGAUACGAACCAGAAGCGCAAGGCGGAAGAAAUGGGCGACAGUGAACAGGAUAGUGAAAAGAAGCCCAAGGUCUCUAUCCACUAG